AUUUGGCGGAUUCUAAAAUGUCAAUGCGUGAAAUCUAAACCUAAAAUACAGUUUGUAAAUGUUCAUAAAAUGCAACUUGUUACUAGAGUGCACCUUUAUCGUAGCCCCUACACAAUCUGCUAUAUUUCUGAGGACCGCUUAACUUUGCCUGAUGAACUCAGUUACAAAUCUAUAGGUGUUAAAGUUGAUACCAGUGACUUGAACAUUGGUGAUCAAAACGAAAACAUACUAGAACUAAAUAAGAAAAAUUUAAAAUUUAGUACGAGUGCAUUAUUUCUACAACCUUUCCUUAAAGAGUGCUUAAACUCAGACGUGUAUAGAUUAAACGUUUUAAGGAAUUUGAAUGAAUUAAGUGGUUAUCCUAAUAGUGGGACAUUGUUUUUAAAAUUAAUCUUAGAACCACCAGAUAAAGAAGUAAUUGAUUAUGCAUGGAAUGAAAGAAUGUUGCAGUUAAUAUGGACAAGGGUUGAGGUGGAAAAUGCAUUUUCAUGGUUAUCAACGCUUGGUGGUGCUUAUUCAGCGUUAGGAGACUAUUUUGAACAUUGUGCUGAAGAAGCAGGAAAAAUUUCAAUGCGUCAGUAUGCAUUGUCCAAAAUACUGGGUGAUGAGGGUCUAGCUGCCCGGAGUAGAUUAUAUUCUGCAAUAGCUUUUGCUCAAAAGGGUAAACUAAAACUAGCUAGGUAUUUAGUAAGGAAUAUAGCAGCAUUCGCCCGAGAAACACAUGAUAAAUUUCUCAAUAGAAUGUGUCAAGGUGUAUGGGUUAAACUAAAGUACUUAAAAGAAAGACAAUGUAUAGAAAAAAGAAAUAGUGUUAAAGCUAAACAUAUUAAAUCUGAGUGAGGUUUUCAAAUGUUCUUAUUAAAAGUUGUUUCAAACAAAAAUGUUAUAAUUGUUGUUAAAUGUUUGUAAAAUUGUUUUAAGUAAAAAUAAAUAUCUCUCACAAACGUUUAUAAUUGUAUAUACAAAAUAAAUAGUGCAGCAAUAUCCUUAUAUCAUUUAAAGUAUAUAAUAUAUAUCAAUUUAAAACCUAUGUGACCAAAAAUGAAAACGCUUCAUAUAUUAAAUAAGAAGAUAGUAUUUAGAUUGAUAUAACCUGUGCCAGUAGAGAAAGAAUUUACAAAUGGCGGAUUUACUUUCAUGCCAUCUCACUCUUAAACUAUAUGUAUCUCUGUUGCACUGGGAAAUUUCGAGAAUCUAACUAGUUUGGAAUAGAAUAUUUAUUCAAAAUUAUACAAAUUUUUUAGCAAUGGUAAUGUAAUUUAUUUUUUGGAAAUUUAUUAUUUAUUGGAAAUAAAUAAACUUUCAAGUGUUUCCUUCUUUGCUAACAUUGUUAAAUUCCGCUAUUUAUAAAUAUUUUCCUUAUUGACACAUGUAUUUCUACAUAAAUUGCUUAGAAUUCAGAAGUGCUAUUAUGAAAUUUUAAACAAUUGAAUUUGAUCAUGGAUUAUAAAAACUGCCUUAAAUUGACAUGCAAUACUUUUAUACAAUAUGACUUGUGAUAAACAUAACUAUCACAUAUCAAUAUAAGUCAGUUUUAGAUAAUUUGCAACCAGAUUUAUUAUGGCCUUGCUGAUAUUAUUUCUUAGUAACUUGUUAUGUAUUACAUUACCGUUUUGUAAUUUUGGCAAUUAUCAGCUGGCGUUGUUUAUUUAUUUCAUUAGCAUAACACUAAGGUAAGCUUUAUAAAUAUUUUUGAUUAUACACAUUUGUACUGUAAGAUGUACAUCGCUUAAGAUAUAUUUAAAAGUCAAUUGAUAGUGUGUUUAAUCACAUUAAAAAUAAGUUAUUAUUUCAUUAUUUUUGUUUUGAGUGUGUUCGGGGAAUUUUUAAUAAAUGAUCACUUGAAAUUUAUUGUUUACUGAUACUUUGUUCCUUUACGCUGUUCGAUUAUGGACGACUAUUGGUCUGUGACGCGUGAGAACUUCCCGCGCUUUUAUGUUUGCGUUAAAAUUAGAAGAAUAAAUAAUGCUUUAGGAUUAUUUAAUACGAAGGCAUCGAGUAUAACAUCUCAUCCUUAAUAUGGUGGGCGGUGGCAUGAUGAACACCACGCAUCAGAAAAAGCUUGACAAUUUCAAUAUUUUUUUACAAAUAGAAUAGAGGCAACCGAAUGAAUAAUGACUACGUUUUAUGUUUGUGUACGAGCGAGUGUAUUAAAAUAAAUGAAUAAAACAUU